AUGGCCGCUUCUCACCUCGCCGUGCUCUCCGUGCUCGCCCUCCUCGCCGUCUCCGCCACGGCGCAGGCGCCCAGCGGCGCCCCUGCCGCGGCGCCCAAGGCGGCCCCGCCGACCCCUGCCACCCCGCCGCCCGCGAUGGCGCCACCGACCCCGGCGCCGGUCGCACCGCCGACCCCUGCCCCGACGGCCGCGCCCACGCCGUCCGCGUCCGCGCCGGCGCCCGAGGCCCCUGUGUCCUCCCCUCCCGCGCCCACCCCCGACGCGUCGUCCCCCGGCCCCUCCGCCGAGCCCCCGGCGUCCACCACCCCCGCCAACGGCGCCGCCGGCCUCCGCCCCCAUGGUAUACUUUCAUAA